CGUCGAGGACAGUACGUACAUCUUAUAAUUCUAAGAUCAUUCAUUCAUUCUGAAAUUGCAACGCCUUCAGAGAAUUUAGAAAACACGUGGUUCUUGUGGCGUUUAUUCUCGAUUCUUGCGCAGCUUGCCCAACGGUAAAUAAACGCAUGUAUACUGUUUUGGGUUUGCAUCACUCAUGUUUUCAGGAAGAAACUGGGACGAGUCUGCUGCUAAGAUGUCGACUCAUGCCGAAAAGCUAGCGGCUUUUGGAAAGCAGAGAAAAAUAAGUGGUACUACUGAAUUCAAGCAAUUAACAAAGCAAGAUGCUAAAAAUGAGUUGGCAAAAGAAUUGGAGAAGAUUCUUAACACAGCGCCCUCUACAGUGGAGAAACAGAAAACAACCGAAGAGUUCAAAGCCUUUCAAAGGUUAUUCUCUCAGUUUCUUCAAGGUACCAGUAGCACAGUGCAAUGGGACAAGGUUGAGCCAUUGCCACAAGGGGCUGUUAUCAAAUACCAAAGUUUACCCGCAGCAGAGCCUAACAAAAUCAGAGAAAUGUUGAGCAAACUUGUUGUGGUCAAGUUGAACGGAGGUUUAGGCACAACAAUGGGAUGUGUUGGACCAAAAUCUGUCAUUCCAGUCCGAAAUGAACUUACAUUCCUUGAUCUCACAGUGCAGCAAAUUGAACAUUUGAAUAAAACGUAUGACGCUGAUGUUCCAUUGGUGCUAAUGAAUUCUUUUAACACUGAUGAUGAUACUCAUAAAGUUCUUCCCAAAUAUCGGGGUCUUCGAAUUAAAAUUUAUACUUUUAAUCAAAGCAGGUAUCCUCGAUUAAACAAAGAAAGUUUGCUUCCCAUCGGUCACACUUUGCGAGAUCCAGAUCCUGAAUCAUGGUAUCCUCCUGGUCAUGGGGACUUUUAUGAAUCAUUUUUUAAUUCUGGUCUUUUGGAAAUGUUCAUCAACCACGGGAGAGAAUUCUGCUUUGUUUCUAACAUUGACAACUUGGGUGCCACAGUUGAUCUUAAUAUUCUAAAUAUGCUAUUAAAUCCUGGUAAAUCACAUUCUCAAAAUGAAUUUGUUAUGGAAGUUACAGACAAAACAAAAGGAGACGUUAAGGGUGGAACACUUAUUCAUUAUGAGAACAAGCUUAGACUCCUCGAAAUACCUCAAGUGCCAAAAGAUAAAGUUGAUGAAUUUAAAAGUGUAAAUAAAUUCAAGAUUUUUAACACCAACAACUUGUGGAUGAAGUUGAAAACUAUCGCUACAUUAGUUGAAGAUCAUGCAUUGAAUAUGGAAAUCAUAAUGAACCCUAAGCAUCUUGAUAAUGGAAUGAAUAUCAUUCAAUUAGAAACAGCUGCAGGAGCAGCAAUGAAAGAUUUUGAAGGAGCAAUAGGCAUAAAUGUUCCAAGAAGCCGUUUUCUACCAGUGAAGAAGACAUCGGAUUUGUUGUUGGUAAUGAGCAACUUGUAUGACAUGAAGAAUGGAAAUUUAACUAUGAGCCACGAGAGGGCGUUUCCUACAACACCUUUGGUCAAAUUAGGUGAUCUUCAUUUUAUGAAGGUGAGAGAUUUCCUUUCGAGGUUUGCUACUAUUCCUGACAUGUUAGAAUUAGAUCACUUAACUGUAUCGGGAGAUGUUACUUUUGGCAGAGGAGUUUCAGUAAAAGGAACUGUAAUUAUUAUUGCGAAUCAUGGUGACAGGAUCGAUAUUCCAAACGGAGCUGUCUUAGAAAACAAAAUUGUGUCUGGAAAUCUGCGGAUAUUGGAUCACUGAUGUGAUUUACCUUAUUCGAAGUCCUUUUUGAAAUAUCAUCCCGAAAGAAUUAUAAUAAUUGUGAUCACUACCUCCACAAGAUUUGUUAUGUUCAUACCGAUUGAUGGAACUUAAAUUGUUACAUUCUUGUUUCAUAAUCAUUGCCAUAUUGUUCUAAGAUUGUAACAAACUGAAAAAAUGAUUGAAUUCUUCGUAUGAA